GAGAUCCAAGUAGUUCUUGAAGAUGGCUUCAGUAGCAGAGAACCUUGAAUCGUCUCUCCCUGUUCCAAGUGUUCAAGAAAUUGUAUCCCAUCUCCCUCACACUGUGCCCCUUAGGUAUAUAAGAGAUGAAAUCAUCUCUCCUUCUUCUCAUGAUGAUCAUUCUUCUUCUGUGCCGUGGAUUGAUAUGGCCAAGCUACUUCACCCAGAAUCCCAAGCUUCAGAGCUUCACAAGCUUCACUCUGCUUGUAAAGACUGGGGACUGUUUCAGUUAAUAAACCAUGGAGUUUCAGAUGCAUCACUGAGGAGCAUUAAGAAGCAAACUCAAGAAUUCUUUGAACUUCCCCUUGAAGAGAAGAAACGCUGGGCACAGAAACCAGGAAGUCUUGAAGGCUAUGGUCAAGCAUUUGUAACCUCAGAAGAACAAAAGCUUGAUUGGAAUGACAUGAUCUUCCUCAAAGCUCUUCCCAUUCAAAAUAGAAAAAUGGAAUUCUGGCCACAAAAACCAGAGAAAUUCAGGGAAACCUUACAGAACUAUUCAGAAGAUAUCAGGAAGCUUGCAGUUUCUAUAACACAAUUCAUUGCCAUGGGCCUUGGGAUAAAUGAUCAGACCAAGGAAUUCUAUCAGGGCUAUCAAGAAGGGACAUAUGAUGUGAGAUUUAAUUGUUACCCACCUUGUCCUCAGCCAGAUCGAGUUAUAGGAAUGAUCCCACAUGCUGAUAUGUCAGGGAUCACUCUCUUGCUUGACGCCUGUGAUGUGCCAGGAUUGCAGGUUCUAAAAGAUGGGGACUGGGUCUUUGUUGAACCAAUUGACAGUGCUUUAGUUGUAAAUAUUGGACAGAUUAUAGAGAUAAUGAGCAAUGGGAUAUACAAAGCACCAGAUCACAGAGCUGUGGUGAACAAAUCGAAGGAGAGGUUUUCUGUAGUUACUUUCUGUUUUCCCAAUCCAUCUGUCAAAAUUGGUCCUGCCAAAGAACUUACCAAGUCAGGAAGUCCACCUCUUUACAAGACUAUCACACUGGCAGAGUAUUUUCAGAGCUUUUACAAUCGGAAACUUGAAGUUUCUUUUAUUGAUUGCCUGAAAGUCUAAAGCCUAAUAGAAGAGUGCUUGGAAAAACAAUAGGAUGAUAGAAGUUACGGUGAUUUAAAAAUGUUGCAAUAAGUGAAGUCUGGUGAAGUUAUGGGGUAUCAGCCAACGCCCAAAUGGGCAACCAACUCUAUUUUUGGUAAUUGAUUUUGUGCUUCAUAAACUUUUAUAACUAUUACGAGCACCAAUUUGGUCGAGCAUAAUCGUUGGGCUUAUAAUGAGUACCCAAAUUGUUUUUGGGUGAUUAGGAUUAGGCUAUUUAAAUUAGGCUAUUGAUCACUGUAAGCCCUGGAAUUGAAUAGGGUUCCUUGAUGUUUCUGUUGUUUCCGUGAUAACAAAAGGCUUUUCCUCCCUAAAGAUUAUGUAUAGGUUCUGCCUGAUCAACCAGUCCCUUUACAUUCUCAUAAAUAAUUGAUUUAGACCUUAAUUAUAUGACCAAUUAGGUGUAAAGAGCAGGGGAAGGAUGGUGAGAAACAAGUGAAAUUUAGAAAAUUGGUUACCAAGUAAAAGCCAUAUGAACUGAACAACAUUUUAUUGGGCUUGCUAAUCUUUAGUCCCGUAAUGGAUUGAGACAUGGACUCAAUUAUAAGAUUUGGGCAAUUUUGUCCCU